AUGGCUGACAGUUCUGGAUCAGAGUCUCCUCUCAAGAAGGGACACACUUUUGACGAGCAAGUUCUCGAGACGCACGAGUUGUCUGUUCAUGACUACAUCGCUGAAACGAGACCUUGGUACAAGGUGCCCCACUUGAGAUAUUUGUCGUUUGCUAUUUUCUUGAUCACCAUCACUUCGACUAACAACGGAUACGAUGGUUCCAUGUUGAACGGUUUGCAAUCUUUGUCCCAUUGGCAGUCUGCUAUGGGCCAUCCCGAGGGUCAGAAACUUGGAGCUUUGAGUAACGGUACUUUGUUUGGUUCUAUCGCCGCUGUUCCGUUCGCACCUUUCUUGGCCGACCGCUUUGGAAGAAGGUCUGUUCUCGUUGCCGGUCAGGCUCUUACUAUCCUUGGUGCCAUCUUGCAAGGUAUUUCUAACAGUUACGGUUUCUUCUUGGGUUCCAGAUUUAUUAUUGGUUUCGGUUCUGGAGUGGCUACCAUUGGUUCUCCCACCUUGAUAUCCGAAUUGUCUUACCCUACGCACAGAGAAGUUGCAACCUUUCUUUACAACAUCUGUUGGUACUUAGGAGCUAUCUUGGCUGCCUGGGUUACUUAUGGAACCAGAACAAUCAAUGGAAACGCUUCCUGGAAAGUACCUUCCUACUUGCAAGGUGCUUUGCCUGUUUUUCAGCUUGCUUUUUGCUGGAUGAUUCCUGAAUCUCCAAGAUUUCACAUUGCCAGGGGCAAUGUGGAGAAAGCAAGAAAUACUUUGAUGAAACACCAUAUCGGAAAUUCCCAGGAUCCUAGAGAUAUCGCUUUGGUUGAGUUCGAGUUGAAAGAAAUUGAAAGUGCUUUGGAACAGGAAAAGAUUCAAGCCAACACCUCCUACCUCGACUUCAUUACUAAGAAGAACUUCAGAAAGAGAGGUUUCUUGGCUAUGAUGAUUGGUAUUAUGAUGCAGCUUUCGGGUAACGGUUUGGUGUCCUACUACUUGGUUAAGGUCUUGAUUUCCAUCGGUAUCACUGAAGAAAAGAAACAAUUGGAGAUUAACGGAUGCUUAAUGAUCUAUAACUUUGUCAUCUGUCUCACAUGUGCCUCUGUUGUUCGCUACUUCAAGAGGAGAACCAUGUUCAUUUCUUGUAUCUCCGGUAUGUUGCUUUCGUAUGUGAUUUGGACAAUUUUGUCAGCUCUCAACCAGCAGAGAGAUUUUAAGGAUAAGUCCUUGGCCAAUGGUGUGCUUACCAUGAUCUUCUUCUAUUAUUUGUUCUAUGACAUUGGUUUGAACGGUUUGCCAUUCUUAUACCUUACUGAGGUCUUGCCUUACUCCCACAGAGCAAAAGGUAUUAACCUCAUGCAAUUCAGCAUGAUGAUUGUUUUGGUUUACAACGGUUACGUCAAUCCAAUUGCGAUGGAUGCCAUUGAAUGGAAGUACUAUAUUGUGUACUGUUGUAUUCUUGCCGUGGAGCUUAUAAUUGUUUUCUUCACUUUCCCUGAGACGUCUGGUUACACCUUGGAGGAAGUGGCACAAGUUUUCGGCGACGAGGCACCUGAACUUUCCAACAGACACCUUAACUCCGUCGAAGCAAAUAAGCAUUCCAUGGAGCACGUCGAGGAAGUUUGA